GGGUGGGAAAACAGGCACCACCGAUCCGCCGCGGCGCCGAGGGAAGAAAGAGAGCCUUGGUCUUGUUCAUAUUAGCGAGCCGUGGUGCCGGAGAGUUCGCUCAUCGCCUGCUCAGUUCUAUCGCUCAAGCCAGAAACGCGACCACAUUGUUUUUUUACGUGUAGAUGUUUUUUUAUUUUAUUUUAAUGGUUGUUUAAUAUAUUUAUUUCGCAAUAAGAUGUGACUCUGGCCGUUAAAAAAAAACAACACACACGGCAGAAAAAGAGAAACAGGCGUUUUAACGGUUAAUGUUUUUUUAAAAGCCGGGAUAUGCCAGCGGUAGCUUAUCUCGUGCAACACGCUAGUUAGCACGCUAAACAACUAAUGGAAGUUAUUGUUGAUGUUUUUAAACUAUGCUAGCGUCCAGCUUUCUCUGCUCGCUAUGGACCGCGGAGUCGUUUUUGUGGGAUUUUAUUGACAGUGCUGAGCUGCAGAAGGAAGUUUAACAGCCGAGAGUGGGGGAUUCCUAAAUAACUACUCGUGCGAGCAGAGGCAAAACUCACACACGGGGAUUUAAAUCGUGUUUGUGUUUUUCUUUUUUUGUUUUUUUCCCUCCCCACUGUUUUUUGGAGGUUUUGCACCGGAGACGAGGAGGAGACGCGAGAGACGACCAAAUUCAUGUGGCGAUUCUUUCCUUAGGGACACACGUUUGGGAUUUUCUUUUUUUUUUUAUUAUUACAUUUUUUGCAGGAUGAGCAAGGAACGGCCUAAGAGAAAUAUUAAGAGAAAUCUCAAGAAAUACGAUGACAGUGAUGGGAUCCCCUGGUCGGAGGAGCGAGUGGUGCGGAAGGUGCUCUAUCUGUCGCUGAAGGAGUUUAAAAGUGCACAGAAACGGCAGCCUGGUGAUGGCCUCAGCGAUGGAGCCAAAAACGGUGUCCAGCUGAAUGGCUCUGGAUCUAAAGGGGGACACAAAGAAGAUGGCUCUCGUUCACAAGGCAAUGAUGGAGGCAGUGAGUACUGGGAGGACGGUGCAGCCAAGAAAAGACCCAGACUGCAAGCACAGAGGAAGUUUGCCCAGUCUCAGCCGAACUCUCCCAGCAGCACUCCGGUGAAGCUGAAUGACCCCUCACUGCCCACACCAGCCGCACAGAUCAUUGACCUCUCCAGAAGAAAGCCCAAGACCGAGGAUUUCCUCACCUUCCUCUGCCUCCGAGGUUAUUCUGCGUGGCCAACUGAAGGCUCACCGGCAUUGCCCAGUAACAUGAUCAACUUUGGCAGUUCUCAGGAGGAGGAUGAGCUGGACGAUGAUGAAGAAUGCGAGGAGGAAAAGACACCAAGUGUGGCGUCAACAUCGUGCCAGUCUACACCCCGCAAAGGAAAGCCUCCUGGCAGACUGAAUGGGCAGGUGUUUAACGGCCACACUAAGCUGAUAAAGGAGAGGGAGAGCACGCUCAGGCCGAAGAGCAGAGAGCCGGUGGUGAAGGAUCGCUCGGAGAGGGCGGAGACUCGAAGAGAGCACAGCCAGUGUACCAGUACCAGAAACCACACUGGUACCAGAAACCACACUGCCCACAGCCACGGCCUCAGAGGAGCGGCAGAGGAACUACGCAAACAGGUUUCCAAAAUGAACGGCCUUUCACGACUGUCUACCGCCGGCGCGAACACAGCCGCUGCCAAAAAGCCGAAGGACUACCGGCUGCCAUCCAGAACUGUGAAGUACACAGCCACCGUGACCAAGGGCCACGUCACCUACACCAAAGCGAAAGGAGAACUGGUGAAGAAAGCCAAACUCAACCACAGCAGGCACUCUUCUGCUGCUGCUGUUGGUGGCGCCCAUAAAGCAAACAGCACCAAUCAACACCAACCAGCCAGCAACGGCCACGGCUCCCAGCCCCCCCACUCAGGAAAAGCCCAAAGUAGCAAUGCAAAAACCCGCAGACAGGUGCUAUUAUCCAACGGGGUCCACAGCGAGGCCAACACCCGCUUCAACUGCCGGCUGAACGGCCGCCACAGCAUCAAGGAGGAGGAGGACAAAGGACCGCAGUGGAGACACAACCUGCGCAACUCUAAGCGCAGGAUGGACACAUCCGUGGUUACGGAACCAGAGAGCACAGAGGCCAAGUCCAGAGUGUCCGUCUCUGAGGCUAAGAAACCUAAGCUGCAGCCUAGCCCUCUGGUAGAAACACGCAGUAAAAAAGCUCUGGGUCAGGACAAAGCCACGAGCGCUCUCACUAACGGACACAACAUCACAGAGACGGCCGCUUCCCCCACUCAAAAAACGGGUCCUUCUGCCCCCCCUCCUGCUUCCCCUGCAGCCCCUGGCUCCCCUGCUGCCCACCAGAGCCCCGCCAACCCGGAGCCAGCCAGACAGCGGCCCAAACGAGCCUCUGCAGGCAAACUAAUGUUUAUCAGACAAGCACAGCAGAGGGCUCAGACCAGCGCGGCCUUUAGCCGCUACGCUAACACUACCUCAAACAGCAAGCCCUCCAAACCAGCAGAGCCCCCAACCACACCUCAGCCCCAGACGCGAGUAGACAAGGAGAAAGAAAAGGAGCGUGAAAAGGAGAGAGAAAAAGAGAGGGAGCGAAGUAGGGCAGGAUUCGCUGCCCUGCCGGACGUUCCCGUCUUCAGGCCUAACGCCCGGGAGUUCCAGGACCCCCUGUUGUACCUAGACUCUAUUCGAGAAAGGGUGGAACCCUGCGGGCUCUGCAGGGUCCUGCCUCCCGCAGACUGGAGGCCCGAGUGCAAACUGAACGACGAGAUGCGCUUCGUCACUCAGGUGCAGCGCAUCCACAAACUGGGGCGCCGCUGGGGCCAGAAUGUACAGAAGCUCGCCUGCAUCAAGAAGCACCUCAAAUCUCAGGGCAUCACCAUGGAAGACCCUCCAGUCAUUGGCGGCUGUGAGGUGGAUCUAGCGCGAUUCUCGGAGCUGGUGAGUGAUAUGGGCGGCAUGCAGCAGGUGAUGGACCUGAAGAAGUGGAACCGGCUGGCCGACCUGCUCCGGAUCCCCAGGUCAGCGCAGGACCGACUGGCCAAGCUGCAGGAGGCGUACCUGCAGUACCUGCUCAGCUACGACCAGCUGAGCCCCGACGAGCAGCGGCAGCUGGAGCAGGAGGUUCUCAAGGAGAAGGAGAUGCUGGAACGCCGCCGGGGGCCCCUGGAGGGCCACUCUGAGAACUCCCAGCGUACCCUGACACUGCCCCGCUAUGAGCCCAAAAACGGCCUGACUGGACUGGCCCUCCGAAACGGCUUCCACACCGUGGAGCCGGAACCCCCGCGGCAGGCCGGCCGCCGCAGACUCUUCUCUCAGGAAAAGAAAGGGGACAAAGUAGAUACUCAUCACGAAGACAAGAUCAAGGAGGAGGAAGAGCAGGAUAAAGGGGUUCUCAGUGACCAGCACAAGUGUAUAUACAAGGGCAGAUCAGUGUCUUUGACUAUCUUCUACAGAAUAGCCAGGAAUACCAUGAUGAUGUGCUUUAACAAGGAGCCAGGAGCAUCUGAUGUUGAGCAAGAGUACUGGCGAAUAGUGGAUCAGAGGGACUGCCAUGUAUCAGUGCAUUAUGGGAAGGUGGACACGAGCACACAUGGAAGCGGCUUUCCCGUCGGCAAGUCGGAGCCCUUCUCAAAACAUGGCUGGAACCUCACUGUCCUCCCCAAUAACUCUGGAUCCAUUCUGCGCCAUCUUGGUGCUGUGCCCGGGGUGACUGUUCCCUGGCUGAACAUUGGCAUGGUCUUUUCUACCUCAUGCUGGUCUCGAGACCAAAACCGCCUUCCAUAUAUUGAUUACUUACACACUGGUGCUGAUUGCAUUUGGUAUUCUGUUCCUGCUGAGGAGAAGACUAAGCUUGAUAAUGUGGUGCACACGCUGCUGCAGGCCAACGGCACUCCAGGACUCGAGAUGCUGGAGAAGAACAUAAUGAUCUCUCCAGAGGUGCUCAGUCGUGAGGGUAUAAAAGUGCAUCGCACGGUGCAGCAGAGCGGCCAGUUUGUGGUGGUUUUCCCUGGAACGUUUGUGUCCAAGGUGUGUUGUGGUUACAGUGUGUCUGAGACGGUGCACUUUGCCACCCCGCAGUGGAUGAACGUGGGCUACGAGGCUGCUAAGGAUCUGAAAUGCAGGCGCAUAGCCAAGCCCUUCUCCAUGGAGAAGCUGCUCUACCAGAUCGCCACAUCCGAGUCCAAACGAGAGAACGCACUUCUGCUGAGUACAAUCUCCUCUCUGCUCAAAGAUCUCAGGAACAUAGAGAUGAGGCAGCGGCAGGAACUCUACGAGGCCGGCCUGCUCUCUUCUGCUCGAUACGGCACUCACGACAGCAACCAACCCACAGGAGAGGGCAGGAAGAAACCCCGCAAGUGGCUGGCGCUGGAGUCGUCCGAGAGACGCUGCCAAACAUGCCAGCACCUCUGCUACCUGUCUAUGGUGGUACAGGAGAAUGAGAAUGUGGUGUUCUGUCUGGAAUGUGCACUACACUAUGUGGAGAAACAGAAAUCCUGCCGUGGACUGAAGAUGAUGUACCGCUAUGAUGAGGAGCAGAUUAACAGUCUGGUGAAUCUGGUGUGCGGUAAAGCUCUGAAGACCACAGUAGAGAACUGUAACGGCUCCAGCCCCGCCAAACCGCCUGCCAAGCGCGGCCCCCGCAAGAGAGCCACCGUGGAGGUGUCUCUGACCCACCUGUCCAGCCCCGCCCAGCUCUCCAAAAGUGCUGCCACGGCCAUCUCAUGAGAGACGGCUGUCCUUACUCCUUGCUUUUAACCAAUCACAUCUCUCUCUCUCUCUCUAUCUCUCUCUCUGUCUCUCUCUAUCUUGCUCACUGUCUCUAGAACCUGUUUCACGUCCCCUGACUCAGUACAGAUAGUACGGCAAGAGCUUGCUGUGUGUGAGCAAGAACCUGCCUUUUUUUGCACUAGAGCGUAAGAAGGUUUUAUUUUUAUUUUACUUUUUUUUGUGAUUCUUUUAGUUAGCAUUAAGCUGCGAUGUACUCGCAGGUAUAGAUCUGAUUAGCAGGUGAGACUGACUUCUACCUUCUUAUCCAGAUUGUCCCUCUUCCUCCUCCUCCUCCUUCUCCUCCUCCUCCUCAUCUUCGGCCCUGUGGACUGCAUACACAUACAAACACAUUCAAACACAUACACUCACACACACACUCUUACUCAAGCCUGAACUGUGAACAGAGGCACACGAUGGUGCUCUAUUUUUUAUUAUUAUUAUUAUUUUGUUUUUUUUCUCGUUUGUGUUCUCUCUUCAUUUUGGGGUUUUAUUGAUAUAAAUAAGGGCCGCCAAGCUGGGGCUUGUGCUUGUUUUAGCUUUUGCUUUGAUUUCUUUUGUAAAAAUGAAUACUUUAGACCUCUUCAGUCCCCACGCUCGCGCUUGUGUGGGGAGGAACGGAACGUAAAGGCGAGGUAACACUUGAAAGUGAAAGGACUGCUUGAUUAAUUCUGGGUUUUCCAUCUGAUUUUAGAUGUGAGGAGUGUUUUAUUUGGUUUUACUUGGUUUUAUUUGGUUUUACUCUGCGGAUAGGGGAACACUGGUGUUCACAGCAGCGCGUGUGCGUGCGCAAAGUUGUGCUUCAGGUCGCGGCCCCCUGGUGGAGACAGCAGGGUCUUCUGCGCUGAAACGUAGAGAUGGUGGUAACUGUGCCUGAUCUUCAGCUGGGAGGUCCAACGACUUUUGGUGCUUUGAUUUUUUUUUGUUUGUUUUUUGUUUUUUACUGUAUAAAAUCAAUACAAAAAGGUAAAUGAAAAGAAGUGCUAUCUGCCUUCAUACACCACAGGACGGAAACGCUCCGGAGGCUUUCCGCUUCUACAUGUGCAAUCGUGUUAACAUUCCAUACUUUCAGACCUAUUGAUUCAUCUGUACCAGUUAACAUUAAUUAUUAUAUUAUUGUAAUUAUUAUUAUUGUUAUUAUUAUUAUUAUUUGUGUUUGGACUUUUUCUUUUCAAUUUCAUUUGGAUGUGCUGUCUCAAAUAGAGCCACUAGGCAGAGGGUGUAAAAUGUGAAAUACGAGUCUUGAGGAUCUUUUUUUUUUUUUUUCUUCUUUCUCCUCAUUUUUAGUUUUUUUCUUGCUUUCCCUUUUUGCAGAUGAGUCACGAAUGAUCUAAAGAAUCUCAACAAACACCAUUUUCAACAUUUUGUACAUACUCCUGUAAAUGUCUUUAAAUACUUGAGCCUUUUCUGAGGGUGACAGAAGGAGGGGACAAAAGCAUGAUGAAGAAAAGCCUUACCUUUCAGUUUCUUCAUCUGUGGGAGUUUAAAUGCUUACAGGGUUCCUCUGGUGACGUGGAAACAUUUUUAAGUGCUGCUUAUAUCACUGAGAAAUAAGAUAUGGAGUAGCGAUGCCCCUCCCCGACCCUCCCCCAGGUUUCUUUCUUUCGUUUUUUUAGCUUUACUUUUUUUAAAGAAAAGGGAAAAUACCUAAAAAAAAAAAAAAAAAAGGUUUUUACAUUUUCAUUACUGAAAAUUCAACAAUGUAGUAGCUACUCAUGUUGCACUGAGCUUGCCAGUGGUGACUGUCAAGAAAAAAACCUAUAAUCCAGUUUGUUGGUUGUUGUCCUUUACCGAAGACUGAACUGUUUUAGGAGUAUUUAAAUGAAAGCCAGGUCAGGUGUUUUCAAAAAAAAAGUGGUUGUCAAGUUUUUAUGGCCUUACAAUGUAUUUUAUUCAGAAUUUUUUGCUGUUUUUGUUCCUUUUUCUACAGUAUGAAAGAUUUGCUCACCGUCUGGCAAACUUAAUUUAUUCGCACUGCGUCUCAGCCUUUCCUUACACAUGGGAAGAUUUCAUGUUGGUUAUAUUGCCAGUUUUUUUUUUUUUUUACUUUUCCAGUUUGUACUUAAGGUUUAAUAAAAACGUAUGGACAAUUCACGGUCAGUUCUUUUCAA